AAAGCGGAGAUGUAAACAAAGAGGCUGGAAGCGGAACCGAGCCGAGGCGGCAGUGCAACUGGAUGUAGCUUCUGUGAACCGACGCGUCCGGACCUGAGGCUGACUGUGGAGGAGAAGCCACUCCGAAGCGAAUGAAGAAAUACCUAUUCCUUCACUUCACAUAUCGAGGCCCGCUGAGAAAAGGAAAGAAGAGUAAAAGAAGAAAAUGGAGUAUAAACUGCGAAAAGCAGAACCCAAGGACGUGUCUGAUAUAUUACGACUCGUAAAGGAGCUUGCAAAAUAUGAAGCCAUGGAGCAUCAAGUGGCUCUGACUGAAAAGGAGCUCCUUGAGGACGGAUUCGGUGACACCCCGUUGUACCACUGCAUCCUGGCCGAAGUCCAAGGAGAGCAGAGCGGCGAAGAUCCGAAGGUGAUCGGCUUUGCCAUGUACUACUUCACCUACGACCCCUGGAGCGGCAAGCAGCUGCACCUGGAGGAUUUCUUUGUGAUGGAGGAGUACAGGGGUCACGGCAUCGGGUCGGAAAUCCUGAAGCAGCUCAGUGAUCUGGCGAUGAAGACUCGCUGCCACGGCAUGCAGUUCAUCGUCGCAGAGGACAACGAGCCGUCCAUCAGCUUCUACAAGCGGCGCGGCGCCGAAGACCUGUCCACGGCGGAGGGCUGGAGGCUCUUCAGGUUCACCGAGAACAGCCUCUACAAGAUGGCCGCGUCCACCGAGGAGUGAAGUCCCGAGGAGGACGAGGAAGAGGAGUGAGAGUUUGACGGGAGUCACAGACAGAGACUUGAGUUUAUUCCACCAAAGUUCACUGCUGAUGCUUUUUGACAGCCGAGUCUCGUCUUUUCUCUCCACUCAAACUCAAAAUGAAUUGCAGUAGCUGAGCUUUUAAAGGCGCAUUAAUCAUCCCAAUAGUCUGAUUCUCUAUAUCGAGUAAAUCUUAGCACUGCCCUUUAACCAUCUUUCACUUGUUGUUGCUCUUACUAAGAAAAUCGAUGUGUAAUGCUCUUUUUUUUUGUCUUAACCCUCCUGUUAUGUUCAAAUUUACAAACAUCUUUUAUGUUUGGGGUCCCAGCAGUUUAAACCUCCACAAAAUUAUUAUAACUAAAAUUGUUACCAAAGUUUAUGUGUCAGGUACUUUAUGUUUCUUUGUUGACAACCUAAAUAGCCCUUUAAUUAACCCCCCCUUUUAUAUUCCUUUGUUGUUAUUGGUGCUGAUAACUAAGUGUAUGGUAAUGCUUUGCUUUAGCUUUUGCAAUAAAGGAUGAAGUUAUUCACCA